AUGCUUCCCACGAUUUUCACCGCCGCAGCUCUCAUGGCACUCUUUCCCAGUGUGCUUGGUGGCCGUGGACCCGUUCGGGCCAAUUCAGGAAUGAAGAUGUAUUGUGACCCAGGACCUCCUUACGACUACAACAGCUGGUGGACAUACGACGAGAGUAGCUUAUGUCAAGCUGAGGGCAUCGCCACAAACUGCUGCAUGACCGUCACUACCGGAGGUAACUGCCAGCCCAAGAUUGAUGCAGAGAGCAUCACAAACCUCAAGAAUGCAGUUGCACAGCAGUCAAAAAAAGACGAUUGGGAUUCCUGCACCACAGUUGGCAAAUGGACAGUCUGUUUCGAGCUUCUUUAUGACUCUCUGAUCAACAGGGACGUUUUGUCCAUAUACUUCCAUUCUAUUGAUCAGUGGGUCGCUGCCGUUGAGGACGGCAGCCUUCACGACUCUUCCAUUGGUAUCAUGCAGUUCAACUAUAUGGCGGAUCGCACGGUCAACACAAUGGUCAUUUCCUAUAACUGCUGGUGA